UCCUCAGGGUUCUAUUUUAGAACGCUGCUGGUCCCUUCCACUGGAGGAAUAGAUUUAACAGAUAGUCCUGCGAAUACGCUCUCUGUCCAUCUGUCUUCCUCUCUCUCUCCCUCUCCCUCUCUUCCUCUCGCUCUUCCCCUCUCUCUCUCUCUCUCUCACUCUCACUCUCACUCUCUUUCUCUCUCUCUACAUACUCUUUUUCAAGUAUAACUCCUGGCGUUUGGUUGUGAGUGUCUGUGACCUCUCCCCUCUGACCUCUGACCUCGUCUUACUCAGCAUGGCCCUGGAGAAGCUGCUAGGCUUUGGGAAGCAGCUGCUGCGUGUCAAGGUUGUGGACUGUAACAGUGAAGAUUCCCGUCUGUCCCGAUGUCUCAACACCUUCGACCUUGUGGCUUUGGGGGUGGGGAGUACUCUGGGUGCUGGGGUCUACGUCCUGGCAGGGGCUGUGGCCAGAGAAAAUUCAGGUCCUGCCAUUGUCCUGUCCUUCCUCAUCGCAGCGCUGGCCUCUGUGAUGGCUGGCCUAUGUUAUGCUGAGUUUGGGGCCCGCGUCCCCAAGACGGGCUCGGCCUACCUAUACAGCUAUGUCACUGUGGGAGAACUCUGGGCCUUCAUCACGGGAUGGAACCUCAUCCUCUCUUACAUCAUCGGUACCUCCAGUGUAGCACGAGCAUGGAGCGCUACAUUUGAUGAAUUGAUAGGGAAACAUAUAGAAGCGUUCUGCAGACAGUACAUGUCCAUGAAAGCACCUGGGAUACUGGCAGAGUACCCAGACAUGUUCGCUGUGCUCAUCAUCAUCACCCUCACAGGGCUGUUGUCGUUUGGAGUGAAGGAGUCAGCGGUUGUCAACAAGGUGUUUACAUGUAUCAACGUCCUAGUGUUGUCGUUUGUGGUGGUCUCUGGACUGGUCAAAGGAACCCUGAAGAACUGGCAUCUGGACCCUGAUGUCAUCCUACACAACAACAACAACUCCAGACAAAACAUGACAGAGCCCUUGCCGUCGGUGGAGAGUCUAGGAGUGGGCGGAUUCAUGCCAUUUGGCUUCACCGGCGUCCUAUCAGGCGCUGCCACCUGUUUCUACGCCUUCGUGGGAUUCGACUGUAUCGCCACAACAGGUGAGGAGGUGAAGAACCCUCAGAGGGCCAUUCCCAUUGGCAUCGUGUCGUCUCUCCUCAUCUGUUUCGUGGCCUACUUCGGCGUGUCUGCUGCGCUCACCAUGAUGAUGCCCUACUACCUCCUAGAUAACAACAGUCCUCUGCCUGCAGCCUUUACAUAUGUGGGCUGGGAGGGAGCCACCUACGCUGUGGCUGUAGGGUCACUGUGUGCUCUGUCCACCAGUCUCCUGGGCUCCAUGUUCCCUCUCCCUCGUAUAAUAUUUGCCAUGUCUCGCGACGGCCUCCUCUUCUCCUUCUUGGCCCGCGUCAGUAAGAGGAAGACACCCAUCAUGUCCACCAUGGCCGCUGGGGUCAUGUCUGCUAUCAUGGCCUUUCUGUUUGACCUGAAGGACCUGGUAGAUCUGAUGUCUAUAGGGACUCUGCUGGCUUACACCCUGGUGGCAGCAUGCGUCCUAGUCCUCAGGUACCAACCAGAGCAUCCCAGCUCCUCGGCUUAUCAGAUGACCAGUACCGUGGAGGAGAUGGAGCUGAGUGAUGGUAUCUCCGCCCCCAGCAUGGGCGUCCUGCCUGGUGUAAAGGAACACUUCAGCCUGAAGACCGUCCUGUUCCCUGACAACACUGAACCCUCAGCCCUGUCCGGUUUCUCUGUCAACAUCACUGUCAGCCUCAUGGGUUUUCUGAUCCUGGUGUUCAGUAUACUAGCAGUACAGGGAGGAUUUGCAGUGUGGAACAUCGUAGCUCUGACCGUCAUCUUCAUAGUGUGUCUGCUCCUCACCUUCAUCAUCUGGAGACAACCAGAGAGCAAGACCAAGCUGUCCUUUAAGGUGCCCCUGCUGCCAUUCAUCCCAGUGGUCAGCAUGUUUGUCAACGUCUACCUGAUGAUGCAGCUGGACAGAGGCACCUGGAUACGCUUCGCUGUCUGGAUGGCUAUAGGGUUUGUGAUCUACUUUGGCUACGGUAUUCACCACAGUGCUGAGGUGGCUCUGGCCUGCUCCUCUCCUGAAUCUGAUGUGGAGCUGAACGGCUACAAGCCCAGCCACUCACACAACAGGGAGCCCAUGUCUCCUGAGAAAGAGGCGUUUCUACAUAAUGGGCUGGAGGACCGGGGAGAGGAGGACGGAGACUUGUAGAGCGCUAGGACCCAGCAGACACCUGCCAUAGCCUGCCCUGCCCUGCCCUGACCAGCCUACAUACCACACCUCAACACGCCCCUUUGGAACGUUUGUCUGUCUGGAACCUUUAUCAACAGGAUAGAACCCUCUUGGAAUGAACCGUCUCAUUUUGGGAUGUACCAUGUCGUUUUUUAACAGGGUCCUGAAAAACACCCGGCUUUAGACUUACGCACAUGUAGUUUCUCGCAGGUGUUCCUGGGUAGGAAAAACAAAUGUCUAAUGCAGAAAGAAAAGAGUAGAGAAAGCAGGAGUGAUCUACUGCAGAGAGGAUAUACUGCUGUUCCUGAGGGGUUUCCUACUACAGACAGGAGAACCAUACUAACCCAGGGAAACCUAGAGAAACUGAGCAGACAUCUUGGAUCUUAUCCUCCUCCAUUUUGGGGAGAGUGUGGGUUGAUGUGGUGGGUAGUGUAAUGUUGCUGUUAGGGACUGGGUUUGACUGGACCCACUGGGCACACACUGGUUGAAUCAACGUUGUUUCCAAGUCAUUUCAAUGAAGUUACGUUGAAUUAACGUGGAAUAGACGUUGAAUUGACGUCUGUGCGCAGUGGGGAGGCUCUACUAACUGGCACAUGGUUCUCUCACAGCUCAGGAAGGAUUGAGUGCCAUUUCCAAUACAGGAUUUUAUACCCUCAAAGAAACAAAAAUACACUUUAGGGGCUUUGUCCUUCUACAUGCGAAAGAGAUGGUGGUCUCAGCAUGACUCUCUGCUUAAAUAAAGGUUAAUAAAAAGGUGGUGUUAUACAAUGAACAAAAACACAAAUCUGUUGGUUAAAAUUCAAAUGUAUUGGUUGGGGCUAAAGUUAUGCAUUGAGGUUGAGCACGCCAUCCGGGUUGUCACGAGGGAGAGAUUUAUCACUGAGUCACUCAGAUGACUUUUGGAACUGAGUGACUUAGAUGGCUAGCCAUGGAAACCCUGUCUGGUAGCCAUGGAAACCCUGUCUGGUAGCCAUGGAAACCCUGUCUGGUAAUCUUCAAGAUAAUCAUACUGUUUGAUGAGGCAUAUCUAUACUCUCAACACUUUCAGAGUAUUGUCAAACUGCUGUCGACACUAGGAUAUACGCUAUGAUAACUUCUGUCUGGGAAGGUAGACACUAGGAUAUACGCUAUGAUAACUGCCAUUAGAUCUGCCAAAACCAGGGAUGUGAUGAACUAUAUAUGUGUGUUUCCUCUGAAACGGUUAUCUGGUGUUUAGCAUUUUUCUAGUCUGAAGUGUUCCAUCCUCCUCUAGCAGGACAUAGGCUUGUUGUAAAGUUCUGUGAUCUCCCGUCUCACUGUGAUGUAGGGAACGUGGAUCACCACUAGAGGCCGCUGUGAUGUAGGGAACGUGGCUCACCACUAGAGGCCGCUGUGAUGUAGGGAACGUGGCUCACCACUAGAGGCCGCUGUGAUGUAGGGAACGGGGCUCACCACUAGAGGCCGCUGUGAUGUAGGGAACGGGGCUCACCACUAGAGGCCGCUGUGAUGUAGGGAACGGGGCUCACCACUAGAGGACGCUGUGAUGUAGGGAAUGUGGCUCACCACUAGAGGCCGCUGCGUAUUACACAUCAUCAGUAGACCUUCCAGGGGGGUCUCCAACCCUGUUCCCGGAGAGCUUCCUGUAGGUUUUUUGCUCCGACCCCAGUUGUAACUAAUCUGAUUCAGUUAAUCAACCAGCACACAAUCAUUAGAAUCAGGUACAUUAGCGGUCCAGGAACAGGGUUGGAGAGAUUCACGUCUAUAGAUUCACAUCUGUAGAUUCAAGUGAUUCAAUUCUAUAGAUUCAUGUCUAUAGAUUCACGUCUAUAGAUUCAUGUCUAUAGAUUCACGUCUAUAGAUUCACGUCUAUAGAUUCACCUCUAUAGAUGAUGUCAUCCUAUUCCCUUGAAGCCUGGUGAUACCAGCCCAAUGAUUAUGAAUGGGUGAAUAGUAACAGAUAAUUUGUUCAUAUUGAUAACCAAUAGUUGAAUAUCGAUACAUGAAAUGUGAGUGUUAAAACUGCUAGGUGAAUAUUGACAGGUGAUUCAUUGUCACAGUGCUGGUUGCUGUGUGUAACUGCAUCCAUGCAUUUAAUGUAAGGCAGUGAUUUAAUCCCAGGCACGUUGUAGUGUGCUUAAAAUUUAAAGGUAAUUUUCAAUUGAGCAGACAUGCAGUGUUUACGGUGAAUGUGAUCUCCGCAAAUGCAGGAGCAUUGCCUUUAAAAACGGAGCUCUACAACACGGCUCAGAUUGAAUCAGGGCCCUUAAUACUGCUGUGGUCACUUCUUAUAGAAACAUGGAAAAGGUUUUAUGAAUAAGCUGAAUGGUCUGGGUGGCGUUUGUUCUUUAUAGAUUAGUCUAGUAUUACAUAUCUGGCUACAUCUUUAAAUACCUUUUACUUCUAAACACUUCCAGAAAUCUGUUUUAUUCUACCCUGGAGGUGGCUGAAAAGAUGAUCGGUGUCCCUGGAGGUGGCUGAAAGGAUGAUAGGUGUCCCUGGAGGUGGCUGAAAGGAUGAUAGGUGUCCCUGGAGGUGGCUGAAAGGAUGAUAGG